AUGGGAGGCGCGGUGUCUGAGCUGCGCGGCGAGAUCCACACCCACGUGUUGAUCGUGCAGCACUAUCCAAUGUUCCUGGAGCCGGUCCUAGCUGCGGUGCAGUACUUCCUUCAUGCUGCUGAGCUUGGUGAAGGCACCAACCGCGAGAAUCCUCUCGAGGAGAUCUCGAUGGACGUUGUCAUCACAGACAAGCGCGUGUUUGAAGAGGCUUCGACCGAAGUGGAGCUGCUGUCAGAGAACCCAGCGGUGACAGAGGCCUUGCUGCAUGCUGUGCGCAACUAUCGGCAACUGGAGCUCUCGCCCGACAUCGACACCUUCAAGCGGUGGUACGAUUCUCCAUGGCGCAAAAACAAACCCUUUCCGAGGUUUGUUGUCGUCCCACCAGACGAAGUCCCGCGCUUCAGGAUUGCAGUGCUCCGAACGAGCAUUCGCUGUCUGCGUCUCAUGAUGUUCUGCCAAGACGGGAAGAAGCAGCUCGAAGAAUCUGGCGGGCCUGCAGUGCUGAACCAGGCAGUACUCGAAAAUCCGCUGGAUGACUUCGUGAAAAAUGACGUCAAGGCCAUCUUCUCCGCUGUUUACGGCGGCGAUAACGCAGUCCGACGAAUCGUGAUCAGCAAUGUGCCUAUCGUUGUUGAGAUGAUGAAGGAAAACCACGAGAGUGCCAUUGUGCAGCUCGCAGGAGUCCGACGGAUCUGUUCACUGCUCGCAGACGUCCAGGCUCGCCAGUACUCGCCGUCCCAAUCUCCGACACGUACAGCACAGCAAACGGCUCCAGGAGAUCGACCCGGUGACCAGGAAAAUAAUAAGACGAGUGAUCCAGUAGAGCUCGAGCGUCUUGCAUUGUUCGCAGAGCUGGAUACGUUUGCUGUCGUCACGCUGGUCACGGAAACGCUGAACCGGUUCGACGUCGACAAGUACCUGAGCUUGUACGUCCACGUGUGUCGCUUUAUCUCUUUCGUAGCGAUCGAAGAGCGAAACGCGAAACUUGUCGGUCAAACUGGAGGCAUCGAAGGCUCCAUUCGCUUGCUGUUCAAAGCUCGUGAAAUGCAGCGUCAGAAGAAGGCCGAUGAGAAAGAUGAAGCAGAUCGGCUGGCGAAGCUUCAGAAAUUGCCAGAGUCUGCCGAGUGGAUGAGCCUUCUGAUGCAAUCCAAGAAAGCCCCGCCGCCACCUCCCGUCGAUGCGUCGGGACAAGCCGUAUCCAUUGCCUCGCUAGCUGUUGUAGACUUCACACCCACGGAGAUUGGACAGCAGGCACUUUGGGCGCUUGACUUGCUCGCCACUCUUGACUUCAACGUAUCCAUGAUGAAGUUGCAUAGACUAAAGUACUUGCUGGAAGAGAUUCGAUUAGACCCCGAUGGAAAAGAGCUCGGCGCAGUGUUAAUCCUUACUCGAAGAUUGAGGCUCAUCCGCUGGGACCAAGUUGGCGCACCUUCACCUGAGAAACCAAAACGCAAAGCGAACUCAUAG